GAUGCCAGAGAGAGAGCUGCUUUCAGGGAAUGAGCCCCUCAGCUCUCACUGGGGGCAGCAAAGCCUCAGUCUCUUGGAGCCUUUCACCAGCUGGCCCUACUGUUGCUGCCACUGGCUCUGAUAAUCCUUCUCAGCCAAGGCCAGCCUGAGGGAGAAGGAUUGAGGGUUGAGGUGCUGAGGGUGACAAGAGGCCAGGGGAACCAGCAUGCCAGGAAACCAGGUUGCUUACAAAAUCUGUGUGUCAAGAUUAGGGCAAAAUCCUGUGCCACGGAAGAGCUCUGUGUACCAGAAGAAGGACUGAGGGCACCGCUCAGACUGGAAUACUGGGUCCCCUAUUUGGUGACGUGUCUUUUGAAACGGUGGAAGGCACGCGCGUUGGUAAAGCACUGCACAGUCCUCUCCAGUCCUGUCCCCAUCUGGGCCCUCGCUGCUCUUUGCUGCCCGUUUCCCCUCAGCCCCUCCCUCUUUCCAGCCGCAAUCUCCACUUUUCUAGCCUUCUCUACAGCACCUUGCCAGAUUUUCUGACCUCAAAGGUCCUACAGACUGUGUCUUCCUCCUGAUUCCACCCAGAGAGUUGCCGUUGUCCCUCAGCUCCCCAGGGACAGCUCUCAUUCUCUGUCUCCAUACAUCCCCAGCGAAUGGCUGAGGAAACGUGAGGAGCCAAGCUUAGAUGCAGGCUCCGGACUGAGCACGCCACAGCCAGGUAGAAGAGGCUGUGUGUCCCCUUGGCCUGCUGCUGAUGCCUGCAGCAGAACUAUGCUGCUGCAGCCACACUGUGCACAGAAGGCAGUCUUGGCCACCAGCCACAGCUGGCUUCAGAGAUCCCCACACUGACUGUUAGGUGUUUCUAACCACUGGUCUUGUCACCCCAUCCCCUUCCCUCCUGAUUCAAGGCAAUGUUGCCUCAAAACAAGAACCAGGUGCUGCUACAGAACGCAGUACCCCCAGAGAGUCCCCCUCAGGUCCUCUCACAGUUCGUGGACUCCCCUCCACCCAACUUAGCAUCUCUUUCUCCCCAUCAGACCCUCCCUUCUUCCCACUUGCCAUUGCCCACCACCACGCAGGCAUAUUUUUUCUCUCUUCUGACACAGACCCACACUCCUGGGCCUCACAUCUACUCUUCGGACUCAAAUUCUGACUUUGCCCCUCUUCUCUACUCCUCUCGCCCAAGAUCCUCUCCCUACCCCCAUUCUACGUCUCCCUCCAAGUAUCAGGUCUGCCCCUCUCCCCCUCUUACCCGCUCUUCCUCUCCUCACUCCUACCAGUCCUCUUCCUGCCUCCAGGACUUUCAAAGCUCCACGAUCACUUCCCCCAGCCCCACGUCACCUUCUCCAGAGAUUCUGAGUAACGAGCAAGCAUGGCAGGGACCUCCAUCCAGAAGCAUCAGGUCCUUUGGGGUAGCAGGGGGAUGUGUGCCAAGCAAGGUGGACCCUGCAGAAUUCAAGGACGUAGAGGCCCUCGCCCAAGCCCUGGCGGACCAUGUGGGGCGCCGCAGAAUUGCACAAGACCUGAAGCUAGAAUUUCUGCAGCACAUGUGGCUAGGCACAACCGGCCAGGCCCCAGUCCUGGAGUACCCCAUAUGUUUAGUGUGCCUUCAGAUCCGCACCCUGUCUUGCCCCAACCCCAAGUACAAGAUUAUACCCCGGCUGCUUGCCUUCCCUCAACUCCUGCCCUGUGCCCAGCCCCAGGAAUCUGGGCGCUCCCGACUGGGCAUUGGAUUCGGUCUCCGCCUGUCUCGGCACCAGGCCAAGGCUUUGCAUCUCCUGCCAAAAAAAAGUACGGAGGGAGUAGAGUCCCAGGAAGAGGCCCUCCAGAGUCAAAAGCCUGCAACCCAGACAUCAGUUCAAAUCGAUGGCACAUCCUUCCAAGGCGGGAGCCUCCGGUCUGUAGACCUUCAAUCACCAAAACCCAGCCGGUGUUCCAGGUCUCUACUUCAGGAGACAAGACAGGCCACUGCAUUCCCAAAGCCCAGGCCUUCUGUCUCAAAUAGGUCUGUGCCCCUAAAGUCUAUUCUCCGAAAGUCGUCAUCUUAAUUCCAGAGCAGCGGAGACCCUCUGGAGUACCCCCUCCAAACCCCAUCCUCCCGAACAGGCCUCCUCAGACCUUGGGGAGGCACAGAGACACCUUGAAGGGCUGCCUGGCCAGAAGCCAGGUGUGUUCUCCUGCCCUGAAUCCUGGGAACUCCCCUAGUUGACGAGACCAGAGGCAACCAAGGCCUCAUUUAGCUUUCAGUGUAUCCAAUAAAGCCUAACUCUGAG